UUUUCUCAUAAUGAUUAUCUUUUUAUGGUUAAAAGAAUAAUAUUCUUACUACAUUUAUUAUCAGUAUGUAUCAACAGUGAACAUGUCUGUCGGACACUACAGGACAUUAAAAUGACCUACGCUAUCGUUUCACAAAGUGUUGAAAAACGUCAAACAUCCAGUAAUGAGUUGAAAUUUCAUGCUUAUUACACAGAACAACUGAAAUCUAUGGUGAAUUUUACACAAUUCGAAAAAAAUGUGGUCAACAAGGCGUUGAAGUUUUGGGAAAACGCUCUGAAGGUGAAAGACAAGUCUGGUGAACACAUACUUAUUUAUAGACCCUGUGAAGGACAACCUACUGUUACGGAUGAAGCGACAGGAGUAGCAUACUGCCCAAACGGAUGCAAAGAUACAGUCAAAUGUUAUGACUAUGAUAUACCAAAGGAAUAUCUUUCAGGAUGUAAAAUGCGAAAUCAAGAUGGAAAUAUAUAUACUGUACACGAGGAUGGUACAGGAGUGUUGCCUAACGCUUAUAUCAUAAUUGUUGACAGUUCGAAUACUUCAAAUUGUGGUGGUGGAACAAUAGCUUAUGCAGCACCGUGUCAAUUACAUCCAUCUACAGAUAGACCGAUAAUCGGAAUUAUCAACUUUUGCCCUGAUAAGCUGAAUGCUGCUAACUUGGAUAUUCCGUUGAUGGCUUCAACAGCAACCCAUGAAAUUGCCCAUGCUCUAGGGUUUACACCAGCAAAUUUCGCUCUAAUGCGUGAUGAAAAUGGCAAUCCACGAACACCACGUGAUUCGCAAAGUGAUACGCCAAUCAAGAUUGAUACGAAAUCCGGUUUCUUUAUUCCCAGUAAUAAUACACUCAGGACUAUCAAUCGUACAUGGGUAACAGCAAAAGGUGUAUUCACGAAGGUAUACCAGUCUUUAGUUACGCCAAACAUUCUUGAAGAGGCAAGAAGACACUAUGGUUGUACUGAACUAGAUGGUGUGGAAUUAGAAAAUGAAGGUGGAGAUGGUACAGCAAAUACGCAUUUUGAGAAAAGAAUAAUUGGUGAUGAAUUAAUGGCUGGUGCAACUGCAGUGAAAUUAAUUCCUUCAAGAAUUACUUUGGCCUAUUUUAAGGAUACUGGGUGGUAUGAUGUCAAUUAUUCUAUGAGUGGGAAUUGGAUUUACGGUAAAAAUUUGGGAUGUGAUUUUGUUAUGAAAAGUUGUUACGAGUACAUGAGAAAUCGAAAAUCAGAGGGGAAAAGCAUACGGCCAUACUGUGAUCAACCUUUAACAGUCAGUUGUAUGAACAGGAAUACGUACGGUCAAUGUUCACUGCGGAAAUCUAAACAAACAAUCCCAGAGGAUGAACAGUACUUCGGUCCAGAUUCAGAGUUUGGUGAAGAUGAAUCGGCUUUUUAUAAGGGAGUUGCUGGUUUGGUUGAAAGUUGUCCAGUAUUUGUUCCUAUGCAAACUUUAUAUGGUGACAAAAUCAUAUCCUAUUGUGAUCAUGAAGGCAAUAAAGAAGUUACAGCAGCUGGUGAAAAUUUGUACAUGCAAAGUUUUGGUGAUAAUUCAAUCUGUAUAAUUCAUGAUUCACCAUGGCAUUUGAUCAGAGGAAAGAAGAAUAUGAAAGAUAAGAGGAUAUUAGGCACUUGUCAUAAAUAUUCUUGCUCUGAAAAACUUGAAAUAAUUAUUGGCAAUCAAAGUAUGGCAUGCCCAAUUAAAGGUGGUAUAAUUAAUUUUACAGCAAAACGUGAAAAACUUAAAUUAAUGGGACGUAUUAAAUGUCCUAAUUACGAGUCUGUAUGUAAAGUAAGUUUUGUUGAUAAUUGA